ACCCAACCGAUUCAGAGUGACUUGCCUUCCAAUACACAAGCCUAAUCGCCUCGCUAUCGGGCCUCUGGCUAUAUUGUCCAGCUGGGUCCCGUUUGGUUGAAGCAAAAAUCGCGCAGCGUCGCUGAAGACGCGGUAGUCGACGUCCGUGUAUUUCACGGUGGAGUGGGCAUCAUGCCAUUCGCUGUAGGAAAUCAGUCCCACUCUCAAAAUCGCGGACGCGACGAGAGUAGACCAAAAGGGUGGAGUGUACUUCUGCCAGCUGGCGUUGACCAUCCUGGACCUCGUGGUAACACAUAAACAGAAGCACAGGCUUGUCCACUUCCCUUCGACGAUAUACUCACCUUUUGACUUGCAGGAAAUGACAGAAGGCGAGGAAAGACUGCUGGUUCAGAUUGGAACUUACAACACCAACCUUCAAGGUGGUGCUGGCCUUCCUCAAGAUCUUGUGGACUGGCUGUCACCAACUCUCCACGUAUCUUCUUUUCUUUCAAAGAAUCUUCAAGCCCCAGACAUCGUUGCCAUUGGAUUUCAAGAACUAUUGCCACUUCAUCUUGGACUCGCUGGACUUUCAAGCGCUGUAAUCGACGAGAGGGACGUGCACAUACGAACACAGAUAGAAGUCCAUGCUCCGAACUACGAGUCAUACUCUUUGGUUGCCAAGGUUGUCAACGUCGGCGUAGCGUUAUUGGUUUACGCCAGGGAUGACACGGUCGCGCGCUGUGUACACGACGUUCAAACACAAUGGACUGGUUGUGGACCCGCGUAUAUGGGCAACAAGGGUGCGGUAGGCGUUCGAUUUCGUGUUUCCGACCGCGGUUCCAAAGCUGGCGAAGUCUUCACGUUUGUGUGCGCACACCUGACAGCCCAUGAACCCAACCUUGCGUACCGCAUAGCUAACUAUGAUCAUAUCGUCCGCACACUGCUGUUUGCUCCCAUGUCAUCGAGUGCCAACCAGCGAGCCACGACAAUAUAUUCAACCUCACACCUUUUCUUCUUUGGUGAUCUCAACUUCCGGGUGACAAUGCCUCCUCGAUCUCUGGGUAAUGAAGGCUCACUUCAUGGGGAAGCAUUGUCCAUGUUGACAGAUGAGAAAUCACGGGAGGCUUUGAAGGAAUUCGACCAGCUGCGAAGUGCGUGGCGAGGCGGCCGGGUGUUCGUGGGGUUGAGGGAGGGACCGUUCUGGACAUUCAAGUGCACGUACAAAUACGAGCUGGGUGAGAUUGAUAAGUACAAUACGAAACGCUCGCCGUCCUGGACAGACAGAAUCUUGUAUGCCACCUAUACAGACAGCCCCGCUUCUCCCGAACAUUCUAAUAUCAACAACAUUUCGUACACCUCCGUCCCUUCGUACACCACCUCAGACCAUAAACCCGUUGUGUCCAUGUUACUGCUUCCACCUCCGGUGCCAGCGACGUCGGACGACUCUGAGUCUUCGGAGACAGAAGGGAAAAUCCCCGUAUUGCAACUACCGUCUACGUACAUCCCAACUCCCGACCCACUUGCCACACUCAAACGCUACAUCGGCCGUAUACUGGACCGCAUCAUUGGUUAUAUAUGGGCCUUCUUUACCAUUAUCGGUGCAGGAUCAGCUGUCGUUGGAAUAUUUAACUUAUUCUGCGGUUACGUCGCUUGGAUGUGGUGGUGGAAGACACCAGCCGCCAUGACACCUGUUGAGGUUGAUUGAAUAACUGUACAUCUUAUGUACCUGUGCAUGUGAAUGCAUAGCGCUGCUGUACACAGUAUUACCGUGACUUGAACGCCAGAUUUGUAUUUCUGAGCUUUGCUUUUGCACUGGUUUCUUAUCAACAUACCUCUGCCGUUCACAAUGUCCCACACCGUCGAUAUUCCACCAGAGCUGAAGAGUUCCCUUCGCAAGUUUCGCUUCGCGAGGCGCAGCCAGGGGCACGCUGCGCUCGUCGUCAAGAUCGACAGGAACGAGCUCAUCAUGAAAGAGGAAGAACAAUACGAUAACAUCUCCAUCGAAGAGCUUUCUGAGGAACUGCCUGAGAACUCUCCACGAUAUGUUG